AUGGAACGAAACUCUAUAAACGCUCCUCCUCCAUUCAAUGGCGAUAAUUCCUCUGAUUUGAAAGGUGCUAUGAGAGCUUUUGUCUCUUCAAUUGACUCUCGAUCAUGGCAAUGUAUUCUACAUGGAUGGGAACAUCCUGUGGUUGAGAAGAAGGACAUUGAAAGUGGACCUCUAUGGGAUACUCUAGCUGAAACAUACGAAGGGGACAAAAAGGUUCAAGCUCACAAACUGCAGUUACUUGAACAUGAAUGGGAAGCUUUACAGAUGGAGGAUGACGAGACUAUUGAUCAUUUUCAUAAAAGAUUGAUAUCGGUAGCCAGCAAAUGUGCCAGUCUUAAUGAAGCUAUUCCUCAGCAUAAAAUUGUUAAGAAAUUUCUAAGGUCUUUACCUUUGAAAUUUCGAGCAAAGGAGACAGCUAUUCAAGAAACUCAAAAUCUUGACACCUAUCCCUUGGCUGAACUUGUAGGCAAUCUUAAAACCUAUGAAUUUAAGCUAAUGGAUGAUGAUAAGAGAGAAACCAAGAAGACGAAGAAUAUUGCUUUUAAAGCUUCAAAUGAAGAAGAAAAGAAUUUUAGUAAGAAAUCAAAUGGUGAUGCUGGUUCUAGCAAAUAUCCACAAAACAAAUCUUCCUCGAAUAUUAGAUGUUUUGAAUGUGGUGGAGUUGGUCAUAUUGCUACAGACUGUGGUAAUAGAAAAACAAAAGAUUAUGAAACAAAGGCUCUUAAAUCUUCUUGGAGUGAUAGUGAUAGUGAUAAUGACGAUGCCGUUAUUUCCAAAAAUGUUGCUCUUGUUUGUUCUUUUCAAAAUUCUUACAGUGACAAUUUUGAUGGAGAAGAUGGAGAAAAAGAAGACAAGUACGCAGAGUUAUACGCUGCAUCUUUGGGAAUGUUAAAGCGGAACAAAAAAAUGGAAGAAAAAGUUGAUCAAAUUACUAGAGAACACACAAAGGCUGAGAUGAUGCUCAGAUCUGCUCAAGAAGACUGGGAGCUUGAAAGGAAACAUCUAGUGAAUGACAUCAAAAGAUUGAAUGAUGAUCUUCAGAAGACAAAUGGCAAUACAAAUGAAGAUAAGCUCACGCAGACUGAAGAAAAAUUUCAGAAAUUUGAAGUCAGUUCAAAAUCCAUGAGUAAGUUACUGGAGGGUUCUAAAAGGUUCAAGGAUACCUCUGGGCUUGACUAUAGUGGUGACAAACCUUUUGCUCAUAAAAAUCAGAUUAAUUUUGUUAAAGAACAAAGAAGUUCCGUUGCCUCUUCUUCUGAUGAUGAACUUACAAAUUUUCUGAACAGGUAUGGUCAAGAAUCUGAAAAAGCUAUAUUUACUUCUGAUGAUGUACCUACUGUAGCUACUUGCCUAGUUGCAUUUACAGCUCUUGCAGAAAGAAGAUCUGAUUCAUGGUAUCUUGAUAGUGGUUGUUCAAGACACAUGACAGGUGACAAACAUUGCUUCAAAUCGUUCGAUAGUGAGUUCACCACAGGUAAAGUAACAUUUGGUGAUGGAAGAAAAGCUCGUGUUCUUAGUAAAGGUACAAUUCAUGCUACAAAUAUGCCUGAUUUAGAUAAUGUUUACUAUGUUGAAGGACUGACAGCUAAUCUAAUUAGUAUUAGUCAAUUGGCUGAUAAAAAUGGGAUGUUUGGUUCAACAGUCUCAGAUGUGUUGUUCUAG